CAUAAAAUUCAGGAGAUAAAUCGAACUUUUCGUAUCCAUUUUUCAAUCGGAAUAAGAAUUGGGGAUCAAAUUGAAUGAUACAAAUAAAUUACAACAAUCAAAAUUUCAACUUCUCCUUCUCCCCCAUAGAUUGGAUUGACAGACAGACAGCAACUUCUUCUUCUUCUUCUACCCUCCGCCCGCUCGUCGCUCUCGUCGCCUCUCUCUCUCUCUCCUUCCUUCCUCUUUUCCUCCUCCCCAAAUCUGAAACCCAUUAAAAAAGAUACGCACCAGCAAACCCUAGCCCUAAUUUCCUUCACUCACAAUCCUACCCCCUCACUCGACUUCACCUGCAAACCCUAAUUCCUUCAACAAGUUCCGUUCCUGCAAUUCCCUGUUACCCCUCUCGCCUGCAUUUCACCCUCGUCCGUGUCUGCUCACAGAACCUCACUGUGGGAGACUGAGAGCGAUUCAUUCCACACACCGAGCAGCAACAAGUUCCGCUUCCAGCUAGAAAACACGGCAUGGAGGGGAUACCGCACCCAAUACCUCGGACCGUGGAAGAGGUCUUCGGUGACUUCAAAGGAAGGCGCGCUGGCUUGAUCAAGGCUCUCACUACAGAUGUCGAGAAGUUCUACCAUCAGUGCGACCCUGGUAUGGUCUGUGUUUGGAUAUGUGCACUGAUUGCGUUACAUGCGAGUAUUUGGUAAAUAAUUGGUUUCUAUAUUCUGGCUGGCGCCGGUGACAUAGAUGCUAGCCAUGUCGGCCAGCUUCUAUGUUGUCAACACAUUUGACAGGUGCUUGGCAAGGUAAAAUGUGUUCUAUCCUCCUUCCAAAAGACCACUUCAUUGGCAUUCACGAACCAUGAUAUCAUGAAUGGUUUUUUUAGUGACCCUAGCCCAUACUGGUUUUGUAGUCACAGCUUGACAUCUUCAGUUUAAGCUUGUCGGUUACAUCUUACAGUUGUGUCGUAGCUUAACCAGGUUGCUAGGCACUCCCCCCAUCAUUGGAGUUCGUGAAGUUUUGUCUUGUGUGAAAUUUGUUUGAAUGUGGUUUAUAUUUACUAGUCAAAUUUGGUUCAUGCUGUCUCUGAUGGCCAAACUUUGCCUCAACAGAGAAGGAGAAUCUGUGUCUCUAUGGAAUGCCAAAUGAGACGUGGGAAGUUAACUUGCCAGUGGAGGAGGUGCCUCCUGAGCUUCCUGAACCUGCAUUAGGCAUUAAUUUUGCUAGAGAUGGGAUGCAAGAGAAGGAUUGGUUGUCACUUGUUGCAGUUCACAGUGAUUCAUGGCUGCUUGCUGUUGCAUUUUAUUUCGGGGCACGUUUUGGUUUUGGCAAGAACGAAAGGAAGAGGCUUUUCCAGAUGAUAAAUGAAGUCCCCACAAUAUUUGAAGUCGUGUCAGGAACGGGCAAGCAACCCAAGGACCAGUCUGUAACUCAUAACAACAACAGCAGCAGUAAAAGCAAAUCAAGCUCAAAGAUGCAAGCUCGGCAGCCGGAGCCCCUCACAAAGGCAGUGAAGAUGUCUCCACCGCCGAAGGACGACGACGAGAGCGGGGAAGACGAGGAGGAAGAUGAUGAACAGGGUGCAACCUGUGGGGCAUGUGGCGAGAGCUACGGAACAGACGAGUUCUGGAUCUGCUGCGACGUGUGCGAGAGAUGGUUCCAUGGGAAAUGUGUGAAGAUUACACCUGCAAAGGCUGAGCACAUCAAGCAGUAUAAAUGCCCUGGAUGCAGUGGCAAGCGGGCAAGAGUCUAGGCAUCAUCAUAUUAGCCGCUGGAGGAAAGCUUGGAGGUUGAUGGAAGCCAGGGGAGGGGAGGUAGUAGAACCUUUUUAGCUUUCGUAUUCUAAUCCGUCUGUUGCAAAGCCUUGAAAAAGUUGGAAAAACUUAACCAACCGGCCCUAAUUCAGGCGCCCAUUUUAGUUCAGGAUCAGGGACGACUUCUGGAGAUUGUUGGAAUUUUUUUCUCUUACUUUUUUUCUUUUGGUCUCCUUGUUAAGUGUCUAUGGUUUUCCCUAUGUCAAAAAAUUUUCAGGUCGAUGUGUUUCAUCUCAAUGUUGUCGGGAAUCUGUUGUUUUCUAUUAGUUGUUGGGACUUGAACUCCAUUAUUUCUAAAUAGAUGGUGACUACAUCGUGUCAUGUUAUAAUGUGAAAUAUUCUGCUUGGGU